UUAUCAUAAAAUGUUUAUUAAACCAAUUUUUCCGUAAAAAUAAUAUAUAUUAUUUUCAUGACUUUACGCCUGAGUGAACACACGCAUCAACGGGGAUUUUUUUCGAUUUAAAAAUUAAUUUCAAAACAUGGAUCUAAAAAGUCAACUAAAAGCAGCGCUCGAAAAGAAUCCCGGGUCUUCCAAAGAUAAAACUGAACAGGAGAAAAAAGACGAAGAAAAUAAAUUGUUUCACGAGUUUUAUAACAAAUGGAAAGGCGAGAGCGAAAAAACAACAAAAUCGUACAAACAAAUUCCACGAUUCUAUUAUCGGUUGCCCAAUGAUGAUGAAGUCUUGCUCCAAAAGUUAAGAGAAGAAUCCAGAGCAGUUUUCCUUCAGAGGAAGAGCAGGGAGUUACUCGAUAACGAGGAAUUACAAAAUCUUUGGAUGUUGCUCGAUAAGCAUCACACACCCCCCGUUGGAGAAGAACAAAUGAUAAAUUACAAAGACUUCUUAAUUGUUAAGGAUAAAGCAAGCGAUAAAUGCAAACCUUUCUUCACCCCUCUCAUCUUUGCUAAGUUAAACCAGCGUGACCCUCUUGGAAGAAUCUCCAUCUUACAGUUCUUCAACUAUGUAAUGAGGAAGGUGUGGCUCCAUCAAACUAGAAUCGGUCUCAGUUUGUACGAUGUAGCUGGGCAGGGCUAUCUUCGAGAAUCAGAUCUCGAAAACUACAUUCUUGAGCUGAUCCCUACUCUUCCCCAGCUCGAUGGAUUAGAAAGAUCAUUUUACUCCUUCUAUGUUUGCACAGGCGUGCGGAAGUUCUUCUUCUUCCUUGAUCCUCUGAGGACAGGGAAGAUACGGAUCCUUGACAUUCUGGCUUGCGGGUUCCUGGAUGACCUACUCGAGCUCCGAGAUGAGGAGUUAUCCAAGGAGUCACAGGAAGCCAAUUGGUUUUCCGCUCCAUCAGCGCUCCGUGUGUAUGGGCAGUACCUUAACCUGGAUAAAGAUCACAAUGGGAUGUUAAGCAAGGAAGAAUUAGCAAGGUAUGGAACUGGAACACUGACAGAAGUUUUUCUUGAUCGCGUGUUCCAAGAGUGUCUCACAUACGAUGGGGAGAUGGAUUAUAAAACUUACCUUGAUUUUGUUCUGGCGAUGGAGAACAGGAAGGAGGCAGCUGCUUUGCAAUAUUUGUUUAAGCUUCUCGAUGUUCAGAAUCGUGGAUAUCUCAAUGUAUUUGCUCUCAACUAUUUCUUUAGAUCUAUACAGGACAUGAUGAAACGACAUGGUCAGGAACCCGUGAGCUUUGCCGAUGUAAAAGACGAAAUAUUCGACAUGGUCAAGCCAGAAGAUCCACUCAAAAUAACAUUACAGGAUUUGAUUAACAGCGGACAGGGUGAAACAGUCACCAAUAUCCUGAUCGAUCUCAAUGGGUUCUGGACGUACGAGAAUCGUGAAGUGUUAGUGGUCGAUUCAAACGUAGAGGAAGAAGUUUAAUUCACAGAGAACAAAUUUUCAAAUAUUCUGUUACUUCUGCUACCAGGCGUCAUGUAUUUGAUCUUUCAACGACUCAUCUGUUUAAUUAAAUAUUCAGCUCAUCGUGGGGGAAUUUAUUUUUAUAUUUUUGUUGUUACUUUGUAAUAAAGAUUUGUAAGAAAAAGAUCUGUCGGUCAUUUUGUGAAAAUUCGGUUGUUUAUAGCAAAGGUUACCACUUUCAGUGUUACCUUGAAGCGCCGUAAAACGGUGGUUUCAUACGGUUGCCAUUAAACUCGUCUCCGCUCUUUUCCACCCGGCUAUUUUUAUGUAUAAAAGGGUGGGGGGAGACGGGACACCUUUUCAUUUUGUUUUCUCGUCCCAUUUGGUAGUAAACAAAGAACAUUCAAAGAAUUAUAAAA